AUGAGAAUCUUUAGGAGCAUCAUUGACUGGCAGCCUGUGAUUCGUGCUCAAACAAGAUUAGUAAUAUACUAAUCCGAUCAUGGAUUCAUGGGUAGCAUGAUUUGUCAUAAUGAUAGGAUGAACCUAUUUAUAUCUUUCUGUUUAAGCAACCAACAACAUACUGCGAUCACUGCAACCAUCCAGAAGUCAACGACCAGCUCUCAGCUCAGGCUAAGGAAUCAUGUUUAAGUGUAUGGGUGCCCGGAAUUGGUCAUUUCAGUUUUUACUCAUAUGUUUAGUUCUAUUGAGCUGUGCGGAGGAUAGCAAGGCAGGGCUUACUAGUUCUUUUAUACGUCAGCUAUGGCCGUCAACAGACAUUCCUCUUGAUAAUAAAGUAUUUGCUGUUCCUACCGGUCAUAAUGCGCCUCAACAAGUGCAUAUUACACAAGGUGAUUAUGAUGGGAAAGCUGUCAUAGUUUCGUGGGUUACAACUGAAAUUCCUGGACCAAGCAAAGUGCAGUAUGGAAAGUCUGAGCAUCAAUACCAAUGGAGUGCUGAGGGAACAAUCACAAAUUACACAUUUUACGAGUAUAAAUCUGGCUACAUUCACCAUUGCCUUGUCGAUGGUCUUGAGUAUGACACCAAAUACUACUACAAGAUUGGAAUGGGCGAUUCUGCUCGAACAUUUUGGUUUCACACACCUCCAAAGAUUGAUCCAGAUGCUGCUUACACUUUCGGAAUUAUUGGUGAUUUAGGCCAGACCUAUAAUUCUCUUUCAACCCUGGAGCAUUAUAUGCAAAGUAAAGGACAAGCAGUUCUGUUUCUUGGAGAUCUUUCUUAUGCAGAUAGAUACACAAAGAACGACAUUGGUAUUAGGUGGGACUCAUGGGGCCGCUUUGCUGAACGUAGCGCUGCAUAUCAGCCUUGGAUUUGGACAGUUGGGAACCAUGAAAUUGAUUAUAUGCCUGAGCUGGGAGAAGUUCUCCCUUUCAAAAAUUUUAUCCAUCGGUACGCUACACCUUUCCUGGCUUCGAAGAGUAGCGAUCCUGUUUGGUAUGCAAUCCGGCGUGCUUCUGCUCAUAUUAUAGUACUAUCAAGCUACUCUCCAUUUGUGACGUACACCCCUCAAUGGAGGUGGCUCCGCGAAGAGCUUACCAAAGUGGACAGAGAGAAAACACCUUGGCUUAUUGUUCUCAUGCAUGUCCCGCUUUACAACAGUAACGAAGCACAUUUCAUGGAGGGUGAAAGCAUGCGUGUUGCAUUUGAGAGUUGGUUUGUACAAUAUAAAGUUGAUUUCAUCUUGUCCGGCCAUGUUCAUGCGUACGAAAGAUCACACCGUAUUUCCAACAUACACUACAAUGUCUCAGCUGGUGAUGCUUAUCCGGUGCCUGACAAGUCGGCUCCUGUUUAUUUAACAGUUGGUGAUGGAGGAAAUCAGGAAGGUCUUGCUUCAACGUUUAUGGAUCCACAGCCGGAAUACUCUGCAUUCAGGGAAGCCAGUUAUGGUCAUUCUACUCUGGAGAUAAUGAAUCGUACGCACGCGUUGUACCAUUGGCACCGCAAUGAUGAUAGCAAUAAAGUAACAGCAGAUUCUGUUAUGUUCCUCAAUCAGUACUCGGAAAGCAAAUUGCAAAUGAGAGAAGAAGAAGACUUGGCAAAAGAACUUUGAAAAGCUUCAUUGCCUCUUAUUAAUGUGAGGUUUCCUGGAGACAGAAGAGGAAGAGAAGAAAAUAAAAUACAUCACCACAUUGGGAAACAUUUUUCUCCGAUGAUUGAAUUUGAGUGUUGUAUCAGCGUUAUAAAUCCAGUUUAACUUAAUAGUGUGUGGAUAUCUUGUACAUACUCUUAUGCUUAUAGAGAAACAUACAGCUUCUACCAUUAUUUUAUGUGGUUCUUUUUUCGA